AUGUCCAUGACAUUCGAGGAUUGCGCCAAGGUCCGGGAGGGAUUCCCCAAGCCCUUCCCAGACACCCCGUCCAACGUUGUUGAGCAACUCCGCCUCAACGGCAAGGUUGUCGUUAUCACGGGUGCUGCUGACGGAAUUGGUCUGGCUGUGGCUACAGCCAUGGCUGAAGCUGGCGGAAAUGUUGCCCUGUGGUAUAACUCAAAUACCGCCGCCGUCGACAGGGCCCAGGACUUGGUAAAUCAGAAUGGAGUUAAAGCAGCUGCUUACAAGGUCGACGUUUCGGAUGUGAGCCAAGUUCAGGAGACUCUCCAAACUGUGCUGAAGGACUUUGGAAAGAUUGAUGUUUUCGUCGCCAACGCGGGAAUGGCAAUCUCGAAGCCGAUUCUAGAGCAGACGAUCGACGAAUACAAGAAGCAGCUAUCUGUGAAUAUGGACGGCGUCGUAUUCACAGCCAAGUACGCCGGCGAGAUAUUUAAGCGUCAAGGUUUUGGCAACUUCAUCAUCACCUCUAGCAUGAGCGCUCACAUCGUAAACGUCCCCACGGAUCAACCGGUUUACAAUGCCACCAAGGCUUUCAUUACGCACUUUGGCAAGUCACUCGCUCGAGAGUGGCGGGAGUUUGCGCGUGUUAAUAUUGUUUCCCCUGGGUUCUUUGAUACGAAGAUGGGUGCGAGCCCUCUGGCGAUCAAUGAGGCUUAUCGCAUGUCGGCAUUUGGGAGACAGGGGCACGUUAAGGAGAUUAAGGGUCUCUAUUUGUAUCUCGCUAGUGAUGCAUCUACCUACAUGACGGGGAGCGAUAUCCUGAUCGAUGGCGGAUAUGUCUUGCCUUAG